CUCAGCUCUGAAAGCCUGAGAGCAGAAAGAGAGAGAGGACGAAGAGAAGGAGGGGGAAAGAGAGAGUGAUAGCAUGACAGAAAGCGAGAGAAUCGGAGAGUUAAAGAGAGAUAGAGUGGGGCAGCCUGCCAGUGAAUGGUAACACAGGAUCAACUCUCAACCUACAGGAACCGCACUUGGACACACACACACACAAUCGUUAUACACACAUGCAACCAUGCUGGAAUGAACGGACUGAAUUGUGGUCAGCACAUCCCAACUAAAAGCAUCAGCAGAAGGCAAACGGAUCAUAAUGGAGGAAGAAACCCUGCUGAGAGAGAGACUGCGGGCUAUAACAGACAAAAGAAGAAUUCGAGAGGAGAUAGAAAAGAAACGAAGAAAUAUUGAAGAAGAGAAAUUAAAACUACAAUAUCUAAAGAAAAAAACUCUACGGGAACAAUGGCUGAUGGACGGAUUGAGCACCCUGAGUGAAGAGGAGCAGGAAUCUGUGAAGGCCCAGACUGAAGAUAACCAGCAGCAGGCUAAACUCCUGCAGAGCAAUAUCGACAGAAUAAAGCAGGAAAUUGCGGUUCUUGAGACACAAGAGCUGGAGCUUUCUGCGAAAGAGGAGAUUCUUCUGAAACAACUGAAGGAGGUGGAGAAAACUCCAGAGGACAUCAUAAAGGGAGCUACGACUGAACCUGAAGAGGUGGAUAGACUGGAAGAGAUUGCAGUUUGUUCUCAUCCUGAAAAUCCAGAGCAUACAGAGCAGAAGUCCCUGUCUGAGCCUGUAACCAUGGAGACAAGUGAAAACUCCAGCACAGCUAACAUAAUUGAUUGUGAAAUGGAAGUCCUGGAGACUGAGAUACCUGAGAGCAAGGACACAGGAAACAAAGAUGAACAAGUCUGUUAUGAUGCUGACAUUUUAGAGUCCAUUAGUACAAAAGUUGUGGCUGACAUUUUAGCAGGGUUACCUCCUACGGAGACCAAGGCUGAUGAUCUGGAAGAUGUUUACAGUGCGAAAGAGGCGCUUGUCUUGGAGGAUACUCAAGAAGAACUUUAUCGCAAUGAGUCAAUUACCUCUUCAAUAUCUGACACUCCGUCAAGUGCUGAGAGCAUGUAUGAGAUUGAUGUCACGCAUAAGAGACAAGAUUCACUAAGACAGGAACCAAUGGAGAACAUAGCACCCCAACCAGAUUAUGUUGACGAUGGAGAUAUGUUAGACCAAUUGGGUAUUGACUCACAGGAAGCCAUUGUAGAAAGUUAUGGAUGUGAAGAUCCAGAAGAAACCAUCCUUGAGCACCACAUCCGAGAGGAAGUUCUGUCAGACGUCUCCACAGAGUCUUGCCAUGACCCAGAUGAGCUAGAAGAGUGUCUUCAGAUCGAAAUAGCUGCGGCGUCAUCAGACAGCGAAAACGAUGAGAAAUGGAGGAACAUCUUCUCUUCCUCCAUAAAUAGGGAAGAUGAUGAUUCCUACAUUGACAGUCUUGAGCUAAGUGCACAAGAACUCUUUAUUCAAAAACCUACGGUUGGGAAUACUGAGGACAUUUCGAAGGAAACUGAAGAGCUGGAGAUUCCGGUGGGGGAAGAAAUGCUAGAACAACCCGAAAAUGAGCCAGUUGAGCAACCCCAAGAUAUAUCUAACAAUGCUACUACCCUGUUCCAUGGCUUGUCCAAGAUUUCCGAAGAUGAUGAGGAGCUCACAAGAGCAACCCACAAGAGCAAUUCAUUUGAUUCCGUCAAAUCCGAUUCCAGCAAAAAGGUGCCGAAAGAUUAUUGUGUGAUUCAGGAAAUGAAAAGCGAGAACGUCAGUACAGAACAUGUGGAUUUCAAAGUUGCUCGCCAGCAGUGGCUAGAGAUCGAAGAGCAAACGAAAAACUUGACACACCAUCCAAGCACACCAACAACUCGAUCCGGCACCUGCCAAGGUAGUCACAGUUUCAUGUAUACACCUGUCCGCAACAUCGAAAGGCCAAAGAGGGAUCUUGAUAACUUGUUGCUUUUAGAGGAUUACGCACACACCCAGUUCAGCCCUUGCUCUGAGGAUUCAGGCCUGGACGACUCUAGUUACAGAUCACCAUUUGAUGAUCCAGAGACUCCAAUUGAGAAAGAGAUUCGUUUAACCUUGGACCGUGAGGAGAACCUAAAGCGUCAGAGGGGAAUGUCAAAAUCAUACUCCAGUGACUGUGUGCAGAUAAGGGCGAGAUCUGUCAACUUGAACCCUGGAAAACUAUGCCAAGAAGUCGAUGAGAAAAGGAAGCUGUUAGAAGACCAGGAUGAUAAUGAUGAUGGAGUUAUAUUCAAAUAUCUCAACAACCAGACGCCUUCUUUUAUCAUUACCUCCUCACCAACCAAGAGCGCACAAAAACAAGACAUGGCUGCCAAUAAUGUUAUCAUCCUCGAGCCUGAGCCUUUCCCUCCAAGUCCAAGGCAUGGGAAAAUGGUGUCCUCUAAAUCUGCUGACUGGAGAUCUGAAGGUACCCCUAAUGUCAUCAUUUUAGAAACAUCGAACCUCAUCAUUCGAAGUUCAUCUGAGUUCAACUUGAAUUCUGCCUCUGAGGAAACCCAAGAGAAGAUGUUCCUUAACAACCCAUUUUGUAAGCUGCGGUCCAGGAGUACGAUAUCUCUAGUUGAUGAGGAGAUUAAGAUAGUGAAGCAGCGAGAAGAGGAACUCAAGCGUCAAAGAGCCAGUGUUUACUCGAAGGAUCACUUCCUGAUGUCUCCAAACCGUUUGGACUGCUCAUCGUUUACAGAUGAUGUGCCAAUUAAAUGUAAAUCAUCCCCAUCAUCUCCGAUGAAAACAUGCAGAAUGGAUCGUUCAGCUUUGUCAUGUGAUCAUCGAUUUCCUGAACCCUAUACUGGAGGUCGACGUAAAAGUGCCAUGGCUCUGCGCUGGGAGGCAGGAGAGUUUGUGAACAAUGAGUAGAAAUGUACACUGACGUCGAUUUGCAGCUGUUUUACAUAAGAGAAUUUUCAAAGCUCAAACUCGUCUGUUUAUUGUGAUAGCAUAUUCACCUUCUACUGCUGCUUGUGUGACUUUGGUAAAGAUACAGAAAAAAUCUGCAUAUGCCGAGAUGCCUAAAUGUUAUUUGAAUGUACUGUCUGAUGCAUAUUUGUGAUUCCUCUUUAAUGAGGAGAUACUUAUAGACCAUAUUUUUAGUGUUUUGUCUACGAAGCUAAUGAAAAUAUGUAUUGUAUAUUCAUAUUGUAUUUUCUUGUAGGGCCAUGUUUGUAUAUCCCUAAAUUAUAUGAAAAUAUGAAGCAGUAUUACAGGGUUCUAGGAUAAAAAUUAAGUGAAAAUGCAUACAAAAUGGAUGCAUUUUGUUAAAGAUCACUGAAAACACAUCCGUUUGGUAUUUUUUGUCAAAGGGACAUUGUUUUUUUUUAUAAUUAAUCUGAUUGCUCCAAUAAAUAGUAUUAAAACCGUUAAUCUAUUUAGUAAUUAUACUAAUCUUAGAAAAUAUUCUAUUAUUUAAAAAUGACCUGUUGCUUUGUUGUCUACAGAUAAUGUGCAUAUUUAUGUCAAACUGCCAUGCUUAUAAAACAGUAUUGCUUGCUAACCUUUGAAUCCAUGUCAGUCUCAAGAAAAUGAGCUUUGCAUACCAUUUGAACAAUCCUGUGUUCAAAAUACGAAUUCAAAAAUAAAUGUCAAUUAAAGUCAA